AUGACAAACAGUUCGUUGUUCUGCCCAGUUUAUAGAGACCUGGAACCAUUCACCUAUUUCUUCUAUUUAGUUUUCCUUGUUGGAAUUAUUGGAAGUGGUUUUGCAACCUGGGCUUUUACACAAAAAAAUACCAAUCACAGGUGUGUGAGCAUAUACUUAAUUAACUUGCUGACAGCUGAUUUUCUGCUCACUCUGGCAUUACCCGUGAAAAUCAUAGUGGACUUGGGGGUGGCGCCCUGGAAGCUGAGGAUUUUCCACUGCCAAGUGACAGCCUGCCUCAUCUACAUCAACAUGUACUUAUCCAUCAUCUUCCUGGCUUUUGUCAGCAUUGAUCGCUGUCUCCAGCUGACACACAGCUGCAAGAUCUACAGAAUACAAGACCCUGGGUUUGCCAAGAUGAUCUCAACGGUAGUGUGGCUCAUGGUCCUUCUUAUAAUGGUGCCAAACAUGCUGAUUCCCAUCAAGGACAUAAACGAAAAGCUAAAUGUGGGGUGCAUGGAAUUUAAGACGGAGUUUGGGAGAAACUGGCAUGUGCUGACCAAUUUCCUAUGUGUGGCAAUAUUUUUAAAUUUCUCCUCCAUCAUUUUGAUAGCCAACUUCCUUGUGAUUCAACAACUAUACAGGAACCGAGAUGACAAAAACUACCCCAGGGUAAGACGAGCUCUCAUCAACAUACUUUUAGUGACAGGGGGCUACAUUGUGUGCUUUGUUCCCUACCACAUCGUGCGGAUCCCAUACACACUCAGCCAGACCGAGGUCAUCUCCGACUGUCCCACCAGGAUCUCGCUCUUCAGAGCCAAGGAGGCCACGCUGCUCCUGGCAGUGUCCAACCUGUGUUUCGAUCCUGUCCUGUACUACCACCUCUCCCAAGCUUUCCGCUUGAAGGUCAAUGAGACGUUUGCCUCAACUAAGGAGACGAAGGCCCCAGAGAUAAAGUCAGGAUGUGAGAAUGAGGUGUAAAAGGUGGCGUUUUCCAUGCUGUUCCCUCCUUCCUUACUGGGCCACAAAGCUCGCCAUACUUUUCAAAGAGAAAAGAACACUCCCAGUGA